AUGCAUUCGACGGUGGUCCGACUGCAAAAUGUUUUCAGCUUCUUCACGACGGUAGCCUUCUGCGUGGCGGCCGUGAUUGCGCUGUCGUCGUUCAUCAAUCCGCAGGUUCCGACGGCGAGCAUACGGUUGAGAGAUGUGCAGGUGUAUGUGCGGAAGGGCAGGCCCUUCUACUACAGCCAGAAGAAGGAGGAGUAUGCGUACAUGAGCUUCGAUCUCGACGCGGAUCUCUCUACCCUUUUCAACUGGAACACAAAGCAAGUCUUCGUGUACGUCAAAGCCGUCUAUCCCUCGCACAAACCGGGUCUCCCAGACUCGGAAGCCAUCAUCUGGGACGCCAUCCUGCCCUCGGCGUCGGCGCCCUGGCACCAGAACCACUACAUCCACCCCUCGCCCAAGGGCAGCCAGAAGAAGCCGAAGAAGAACAGCAAGGACAACAAGGGUAAAUCGCAAGCGGAGGCGUGGCCGCACGGCCAGGGAAUCCUGCACCUCACGAACCAGCGGCCCAAGUACCAGAUCACCGACUUCUCGGGGAAGCUGGCGAACCGCACCUCUGUGCGCCUGGAGCUGGGGUGGAACGUGCAGCCGUGGGUAGGAGCGCUGGUGUGGGAGAAUAAACGGGACUUUGGGAUGUGGAAGGCGCUGGAGGGGGGCGUAAGCGAGCGAUUCAACUUGCCGGCUAUCGGGAAGAAGGUGGAUGGGAGGAAGUUGGAGAUGGAGAAGGGCAAGGAGGGUCAUAGGCUGGAGGUUGGCGGCGAGUAUCCGAUUGCGGGGAAGGGGAAGAGGGUGUGA